CAGUAAGUUCCAAUACUCUCGGAGAAUCCUUUAUUAGAGAGACUUUCUUUCUGUGCUCCAUCAGUAUUGUGUCUGACAUUUGUGUUGUGCAGAAUAUAGAUUGGAAACUUGUUUGAAAAUGUUUGGCCCAGCCUUGUGCUUUUGCGCUUUCAUAGCGCUAGCCACUGCUAAUGUUCAAAGGAUUCCUUUGCAUAAGAUGGAUAGCGUUAGGAAACAGCUUAAAGAGUAUAACACAGAAGUAUAUCAGGCACAUUUAGUGCAAGGAAAUGUUCAGCCAGAACCACUUUCCAACUACCUCGAUGCUCAAUACUAUGGUGUUAUCAGCAUUGGUACCCCUGCACAGGAUUUCAGAGUGAUCUUUGAUACUGGCUCAUCAAAUCUCUGGGUUCCUUCCAAGAAAUGUCAUUUAAUCAACAUUGCUUGCAAAUUGCAUCAUAAAUAUGAUAACAGAAAAUCAUCCACAUACAAGCAGAAUGGCACUGAUUUUGCUAUCCAUUAUGGUUCUGGAAGUCUCUCUGGCUAUCUGUCUACUGAUGUUGUGAACGUUGCUGGACUACAAGUCGUUGAUCAGACUUUUGCUGAAGCUUUGAGUGAACCAGGAUUGUCCUUUGUUGCUGCUAAAUUUGAUGGUAUUUUGGGAAUGGGCUACUCUACAAUUGCUGUUGAUGGUGUAACACCUGUCUUCUACAAUAUGUUUAAACAAGGAUUAAUAUCUCAGCCUGUUUUCAGUUUUUACUUGAACAGAAAUCCUGAUGCUGAAGUUGGCGGAGAGUUGAUCUUGGGUGGUUCAGAUCCAGAUCAUUAUGAAGGUUCAUUUACCUAUGUUCCAGUGGACAAGAAAGGAUACUGGCAAUUCAGAAUGGAUGGCGUUCAAAUUGGAUCAGAUUUGAAAGUUUGUCAACAAGGAUGUGAAGCUAUUGCUGAUACAGGCACUUCCCUCAUUGCUGGCCCAGUUGAAGAAGUUAAUGCUAUCAAUAAAGCAAUUGGAGCUACUCCCAUUGCAGCUGGAGAAGCAAUGAUAGAUUGCAAUUCCAUUCCUGACUUACCAACAAUCACUUUCGUACUCGGUGGCCAAUCUUUCCCUCUAAGAGGAGAAGACUAUGUCAUGAAAGUUACACAGUUUGGACAGACCGCUUGUCUCAGUGGAUUCAUGGGAAUGGAUAUUGCUCCACCAAACGGCCCACUUUGGAUUUUGGGAGACGUUUUCAUUGGUCCCUACUAUACGGAAUUUGACAUGGCCAAUAACCGUGUUGGCUUUGCCAAAACAAAGUAGAUUAACGAAAUAUGCUAAUAAAAUUUCUAAAUUAUGUAUUUUUUUCUUUAUAUAUUCGUUUUAGAUUAAUGUUAUAUUUGUACAUCUCCUGUAAUUUCUUUUAAUAAUAUUUUUUAUGCUUUUCACGCAAUCCGUAUGUAUAGUAGUCUUGCGAAUAAAAGUAAAUAUAACGAAUGCGUUGUAACAAAUGUAUGCAAUAAUAUUCUAUAAUGUGAUGUACAAUAUAUUACUAAGACGAAAAUAAUAAUUUUUUUCAUG